AAGUAAAACAAAGUGUAACCACAAGCUUCUCUUAUCCAAAAACCAGCUUCAUCUGUGACUAAAGUUAACAUUUUCUGGAACAACCAAACACAAACUUGCUUCAUGAACACAACCACAUCCCCACCAUGAAUGACUCAGUGGACAAACUGGUUAUCUUCCUAGCCAAGAGAGAUGGCAUUGACAAGCUCGUGAAGACCUUCCAGUACGUGUCGAAGCUCGUGAACUGGCACGUGGAAGCCACGAACCCUGACAUUUCCAAGAGGUUCAAGCAAUGGGAAGUGGCCGCAGGACUCAGCAGAAAAGCCUUCAGAACCGGAAGGUUUCUCACUGGCUUCAACGUUCUUCGCAGAAACCCUGGUUCCACUCUUUCCCUGAGGUUACUCGCGGUGUUUGCUAAUGCAGGAGAGAUGGUGUAUUUCUUCUUCGACCACUUUCUUUGGUUGGCGAGAAUUGAGACCAUAGAUGCAAACUUGGCUAGAAGGAUGAGCUUCAUAUCAGCGUUCGGUGAGUCUGUUGGGUAUGUUUUCUUCAUCAUAUCUGAUUUCAUUAUGCUUAGAAAAGGGGUUAAGGCAGAGAGAGCGCUGAGAAGCAGCAAGGAGAAAGCAGCGGAAGAAGAGAAAAAGAUUAAGGAGAUCAGAAUUGAUAGAAUCAUGAGGCUAAUGGCUGUGGCUGCUAAUGUUGCGGAUUUGUUCAUAGCAAUAGCAGAUAUUGAGCCGAAUCCCUUCUGCAACCACACUGUCACUCUUGGCAUUAGUGGCUUGGUUUCUGCUUGGGCUGGUUGGUAUAGAAAUUGGCCUUCGUAAACAUGUCUUAGUUCAUUCCAAUACCAUGAUGUAAUUUUUUACAUGCUUUGAUUACGAGUGGUUUUUCUUA